UCAGUCGCCUCUCAGCCGUCAGACAGUCAGUGAGAUAACACCUGUCAGAAAAAGUUUCUCUGUCCUGGCAGCCUGUCUCGGAGGAAAAAACCUCGACAUUGCGUCUUUACGCACGGAGCAUCCCGGUCUUUACCCCCAUCCCCCUCUCCCUACCUAAACCUAUCCCUAAACCAAACCUAACCCAAACCAAGGAGCAUUCUAACAGCAGGGAGACAGCUGUCCACACAGACAGCAGAACCCUCUAUCUGCGUGUGUCCCGCCCGUGUGUCACUCACCGCCACCGGAGUGCGCGCUCCACGGAUCGACCGAUGGAUGACGACUUCCUCUCCAACCUGCCGCCCGGAGACCUGGAGGCUGUAAACGCCACCGGGCUGGAUCUCCCCAGCUGGUGGGAGUCCUCUGACGGCGCGGAGACGGUGCACUUUGCCGUGCGCUGCGUCAUGACCUCGGUGUACACGGGCAUCGUGAGCGUGGGGCUGCUGGGAAACAUUACGCUGGUGAAGAUCUUCGUGACGAACAGUGCCAUGCGCAGCGUGCCCAACAUCUUCAUCUCCAGCCUGGCAGCGGGAGACCUGCUGCUGCUCGUCACCUGCGUGCCCGUGGACGCCUUCCGCUACUUCUCCGAGGAGUGGGUGUUCGGCGAGGCGGCGUGCAAACUCAUCCCCGUCAUCCAGCUCACCUCGGUCGGCGUGUCCGUGUUCACGCUCACGGCGCUCAGCGCCGACAGGUACAAUGCAAUAGUAAACCCGAUGGACAUCCAGAAGUCCGGCGCUGUCUUCUGGACGUGUCUUAAGGCCGUGUCUAUCUGGCUGCUGUCCAUCCUGCUGGCAGUUCCUGAGGCCAUUUUCUCUCAAGUUGUCAACAUGCAGGGACAGAGGGACAACACCAACGUCACCUUUGUGAACUGCGUGCCCUACCCGCUGUCCAAUCAGAUGCAUCCCAAGAUUCACUCUGUGAUGAUAUUCCUGGUUUACUUCCUGAUCCCUCUGACCAUCAUCUCGGUGUACUAUUACCACAUCGCCUGCACGCUCAUCAAGAGCGCCCACGACAUGCCGGGCGAGGUCAGCGAACACACCAAGAGACAGAUGGAGACGAGGAAGCGCCUGGCCAAGAUCGUGUUGGUGUUCGUUGGCCUGUUCGCCCUGUGCUGGUUCCCCAACCACGUGCUCUACAUGUACCGCUCCUUCCACUACCACCAGAUGGAUCUGUCGCUGGCUCACCUCGUCAUCACCCUGCUGGCUAGAGUCCUCAGUUUCUCCUCCUCCUGCGUCAACCCCUUCACCCUCUACCUGCUCAGCGAGAGCUUCCGCAGACACUUCAACAGUCAGCUGCGAUGUGGUCGAGGUCCCCGACCCGAGCGCCAGGCCAGCUACCUGCAAAGCACCUCCCACAUCCGCCUCACCUCUAUCAAGAAGCCCACGCACAACGCCGCCAACAUCGCUCCGCCACCCAAUGGCAACGCCAACAGACAGGAAGUGGCUCUGUGACAUGGGAAGUUGCGUUAGCUUCAGCUUCACCUCAUCCUGGGAGUUCUGCAAACAUUAUGAACUCGCACAGCUCCGAGACCAGGAGAGGUAUUUGUGUGGAUGGAUAGAGGACACUCUACAGGCCUUGUUCCAGAUGAAUGAUUGUACCAGUAACUCCCGUCACUGGUUCAGAACAUGAAAAACCCAAACUAAAAGUACUUAUUUUCUACACCCACAAUGUUUGCUAGGAGUAUUUAUCUUAAAGAUAAAAAAGUUAAAACUGCAAAGCAAGGUUUAACAAAGGAUAAGAGGACAGUCUUUAUGACAGCAUGGUUACCAAAAUAGCAUGUUGGCUAUGAAAGAUUGUGUCGUUGUUGCUGGAGUGCUCAUCAUCGAUUGAUCUACAAAGCUAUUUACUGCAUUGAUCCAGGACGAGAGGGAGGAUUUUGUCUGCUGUCUCUUGAUAAGGAGGGUCAGAGACCCCAAAGACAUGAGAGAAUCCAUGUCUUGUCCAAGGAUAUUUCGGAGAAAGCUGUCGAUCACUGGAGGUUUAAACCCUUUUGACUCUCUCUGAACUCCAGCUACGACUAUUUUGGAGAUGAAUGCAAUGGAUUUGUAGCAGAUAUAAUCUACCCAAAGCCUUGUAAACCAAAAUGUCUAGUAAUGUGGAGGAAAAGCUGUUUGUUAAGGGUUUGGUUUGGGGCUUUGUUGUUCUGUGGAUUUACCGGUUUUACCCAUAGGCUGUUUAAUAUUAAUGGACAGCGCAUGUGUGACGUCACCUAUUGGUUUGUGGAGAUCUGCUAUCCGUCGUUGAGUUUGCCUUUAUGGACGCAGCCAUGCUGGUUGCGGAUGUGACGAUUUUAGACGAGAGGGAGUAGUGAGGGAGAAGCCCUUACUCUGUUACGUCACACACUUUCACUGGAAAUCACAUUAUAGCCACGCUCUUAAACACCCCCUGCUUUGUCGCCAAUUUAAAAAAAAGAUCAUUCUGUGUUGCUUAAGUCUAGCGAUCGAGACCAUAAACUCAUUAUGAAACUGUUUACUGAGGUAAUAAAUCAAGUGAGAAUUGGAACACUUUCUUACAGACUUCAACAGAAACUGACCUCCUUUUGCAACCGUUGAAAACUGUCAAACACUAUUUUCCCUCACAAAAAUUACAUGUUACAUAACUAGGACCUCUGUCAAGCAAAGAUGAUUUGACAUCCAUCAGUGAUGAGCCAAAUUUUUUCAGGAUAACUCAAUAUUCACAUGUUUCAACUCAAGUAAAAUCACUCGUCUGUCAUGUGUUGGGAUAAUCUGACUCCUCUCGAGGCACAAAAUCCUAUCCGAGCUCCGAAAACACAUAACCAAGAGCCUGACAGCCUAAAGAGCUCUUCCUGGUGGAUGCACAGACUAACAGACCCAACAUGUAUACAGCUAGCGUCAGUGCUUUGUGCUGUGUUGCUACUCUGGCAUGAACAGACAGAUGAUGAAUAUUGAUGUGCUGUAUAUUCAAAACAAACACAAAAGAUGAUUAUGUGACAUUUAUGAUGUUUUUUUUAUUUAACUUCCUUAGAUGUUUGAUGUGUUUUUCAGUGCAGGGCAUGUGUCACGUUUCUGUGUUGGAAAAUUAUGCUUGAAUCGGAUGAACACAUAAUAAAUGUUUCUAUGUAAGCGCACAGAGUGACUGUGAGUCCCAGACUGCAGCAACAUCCCCCAUACAUGGAAAUAAAUGUUUUUUUGCAAGCAACUUUAAAAUACAUGUUUCAAGGCAGACUAACCACUGCUCGUCACCCAAAGCUUUAAGCUCCUAAAUAGACAAUCAGAUGUAAUUGGAGCUGAAAUUACAGUAUAGGUACGUGGGUGUCAAAGAAUGUGAAUAGAGCUGUUAGUGGCUGUCAAUAUGCCAGCUGUAAAGAGCGGUGGGUGGCGAGACAGCUGUUGGCUCCUCAAAACGUCU